CCCAGGCUGUAUAUGACAGGAAACUCAGUCUCUGACUCGACAUCUUUUUUGCUCAUCCCUACACCCAAACUCUGUCCCAGCCAUGGCAUCGCAAGAGGUCUUUCUUUAUCGGUCCGAGGCCAAAUCAUAUUUCUGGACGGAGAGAACGUUCAUCAAACGCGAACUUCCGGACGCGGCGGGGUUGCCAUGGCUCAAGCAACGCUUCGCAGUCGAGGCUGCGACCCUAAGACUCCUCUCGGAUCAGACGUCUAUCCCGGUCCCGAGGCUGAUUGCCUUUGGCGAGGACGAAUACGGCCGUUGCUAUCUGGAGACCGAGUGCAUCAAAGGAUCGGUCCGCGGCGACAUGGCUGCAGAUGAGUGCCGCAUGCCUCAGCUUCACCAUCCUUCGGAAGCGAAAUCGCCCUGUGCCGCAUGUGAAGGGAUUGUCAGCGCAAAUGCCGAGCGGUUCGUCCAAGAAGUGGUGUUACCCCAGCUGAGCCGUCUGAAGAGUAGAAGGACGGGCCUCGAGGGCAUCGUGAUUCCGCCUCGCUGGGUUUCCCACCACGAUAAGAGGGAGGCCUGGCGGGUGUUAGAAUCUCCUCAAGCCGACUUCGUCUUUUGCCAUAAUGACCUUGUUCUACACAACAUGUUGUUUUGUACCCAGACACUGAAAGUGCUGGCCUUGGUGGAUAUGGAAGACUGUGGGUAUUUCCCUCCAGAAGUACAGCAGUGGAAGCGUGACCGGACUGGUCAGUUCGGGCUGUACGAGGACAUGGACUUGGUACGGAGGCAUAUCCAGCUCAUCGGCGGAUAAGGAGGCACGGUGCAUGUACAGUAACAACACAGCUGAGCCUAGCAAAAGUCACCUUGGCUAGAGGAACCGUGAUAGGAGUGCUUCCGUCGGCCAUGGUGCUUCGCUCUGCGGCACGAGGUAAGCACAGUUUCGUGGCUCAGGACGCCUUUCAGUGUACCUACCUUGCAAUAGAACUAGUGUGGGAGUGCAGUGAGGCCUCCUUGGGAGUCAAGUGUUGGUAGGACUUGGGCUUUGAGGUGGUUCGGAGUCUUGUGAUGGUUUGGUGAUCACAAUGUCUUCCGUCGAUGGCAAGGCGUACCGCACACCUGUGUUAUAUAGGAAAACCAGCCCUGGUUUCGUAAGGUCUGAUUCGUGCCAGUGAGCAGCUGCUGUAGCGAAUCA